AUGCCACGGCGGAAGAAAGAGCUGCUGCUGCGCGAAAAUAUAGACAGGAUUACUAUGAAAGGCCAGUUUUCAAAGAUCAGCCUCGAGUCGGAAACAAUUGAUAUUCGUUACAGGAACAAGAAAAUAAUAAGUGUGAAAAUGGCAGCCAAAUAUAAAGCACGACGUGCGCGCAAGCCGAGCAUGAAAAAGCAUGAGCCUGCGAACGCCACACAACCCAUCGGGCAUUCUCCACAGCCCGAGGGGUAUGUUACCGAACAAGAGACAUCCGUAUCGGAUAGCGAGAGUGAACACGAGUCGCUGCCUGACAGUACUUCCCAACGCAUCGAUUUACGACAACGCAUCCAAGACAUUCAAACAGCAGUAGCAGAGACAACUGCUCUUCAUGCUGAGGACUACUUCGAGCAUCUCUACUCCAGCCUGACGAAGAACUCGAAUGAUUAUCAACUCCGACUGUCAAUAAUUUCGGACGCCAUGAAACUUUUAGAAGGACAUAGUUUGCAAGCCCGCACAUUAGAGGCAGAACUUGCGGAAGAGAAUAGGGUAGGGAAAUUGCUAUCUCAGGCACAAGAGCUCACACAGACAUUACGGGAUAUGACGGGAGCUGCUGAAGAGCUCUGGUGCUUCAUCGUAGACGAUCCGGAUGCUACGAAGCUCAUACAGCAAUACUCUCGAAGAGAAUUGCGAUUUCAACGGCCGAAUGUAGACAAAUGA